CUGCUCUCUCUCUCUCUCUCUCCUUCCCUCCCUCUCUCCCUCCCUCAAGACCCAACCUUCACCACCAACCCCUGCAACUCCUACACCCCCCACCCACAAACCUCCCUCUGCCCACCCGAUUUAGCAGAUGGAGAGAGAGAGAGAGAGAGAGAGCUGGGGAGAGAUUAAAGCAAGUUGCUGCCUAGAAAGAAGACAGAGAGAGAGAGAGAGGAAGUAAUAAUCAGAGACAGACAUGUCACAGUGUCUGUGUAACACACACAGACAUUCCAAUGGUUUGCUAUAAAGGGACCUGGUUUAAGGCAUUUGUGGAGUGAUGUAAUCAGGGAACCAAACCAGCGAAUCAGAAGGAAUGGGGGGACGGGACUUGUAUGUUAAUAAUCGAUUGACUGACACAGCCCCUCGACAUGUCAGUUUCCCCCGAAUGAUAUUGACUAAAAGUCACACACACGCACACACAUUAUCAAUUGCCCAGAGAUACAGUAUCCAAACGCUACACAUGGGAACUCAGCGUAGCUGAGAAACAGUGCUGACCACACACACACACACACACGUAUACUGGAGAAAAAGGCUUUAUACUUUUAUCUGCCUUUUUAUUUUCAAAAAAAAACUGUUUUGCCAACCUCCUCUCUCCUUGGAAUAUCGAGAUGCUCCCGGCUUUCUCUUUCCCUGUGAACCUGGACCGGAGCAGGAACAAAGAGCAGCUGGAAGCCAGCUUGGCCGGUCUGAGGGAGCUCCAAAUCUUAAGGCAGAGGCAGGAGUACAUAGUACAAGAGGCUCUCCACAUCGCCGGUAGCGGCAGACCGGAGCCGGGGCAGCUCAACUGGGAUUUAAACGGCGAGGAGAGCUUGUAUCCCAGCUUUAGAGAAACAGGAGCUAACAGCCUCAGGAGGUAUCUGAAUGGUCUGAGACGUCAAGAGGCCACAUUGCUCACCCCUCUCCAGCAACUGGAGAGACAGGUCAAUGACCUCCGACUGGAGGCGACCCAGACAUCAGGUGGGGAGCUGGAAAUUGACAGCCGACCAAGUUCUGGCUUCUAUGAACUGAGUGAGGGUCCUUCCCCUGCUCUCUCCGAUUCCUCCGCCUCAAUCUUUGCUGAAUGUUUUUCCAAUUUCCAAUCUGCUUCAUGCAACUAUCCGUGGAUUGGCUUGGCAGAGGCUCGCAUGAAUUAUGCAAGUGAACGACCUAAAUCUUUAGCUGAGCCUCUGCACUUGGACCGGGAUGAGAGUCUGAGCUAUGCCGACAGCGACUAUGUCUCCUCUGUGCCCCGUUCAUUCUCAACCAAUCGCGCGGACUCAUUCGAGGCCCUGAUGGACGUACAACCCAAGUACCAGUGCGACCUGAUCACCCGCGACGGCCUGGACCUCUUCCCAUAUCCUAGCCCCCUCCAUGCCAUGGCCGUGCAGAGCCCGCUGCUGUGCCAGGCGCUGAGGGCCAACAGUGAGGAGAAGCCCAUGUCGCCCACCUCCUACCUGAGCAGCUACAAGCUGGACGACGACGGCGAAAUAUUCUUCGGCUCCCAGGGCGAGAUGCCUCUGGGCCUGGAGGCCGUGCACUCGAAGAGGCUGGAGAAUUACAUCACAGGCCUGGUGCACAAACGUAUUUAUCCAGUUCGGCCCAACAAGCUGAGGACUAGCCUCAGCACGGAGGCCACGAAAGGCCUGAUUCGGCAGAGCAGCAUGUGCCAGAGGAGCACGGAGGCCGCCAGCCCUCCGAUUGGGGCCUGUGAUCCGGCCCGGUCUUUGUCCGAGCGUAGGAAUAUCCCAAGCUCCCACAGCUUUGAUGGAAGCCUGCCAUCGCCCAAGUAUAGGCCCCAGUGGACUUCGAGCAGGGAGCAGCUGUCUGCCAAGAAAACGGUUCCCUCCUGCCAAUCUGUCGACAGCUUCACUGCUGCCAUCCAGCAGCAAAAGAGUGUGGACGAGGGCCAGAGUUCACAGCAGAGCCUGAGGAAGCCCAUCAGGCUCAUGGCCAACACGCCUCCCAUGAGGCCCACCUCUCUCGAGUAUCACGAGCUGAAUUAUCAUCCAGCCAUGAGGGCUUCCCCUCAGGAGAACUACUACCAGAACAUGUAUGAGCUGAGUGACAGGCCUCAGGCCUUCCUCGACGACAGGCACCAGGCCUUCCUCGACGACAGGCCUCAGGCCUUCCUCGACGACAGGCCUCAGGCUUUCCUCGACGACAGGCAUCAGGCCUUCCUGUCUACUCGGCCCGAAUCCUCGGAGCUCCGCUCGCCGUCCUUUGACCAAACGCCGCGGUCAGAGGUCAGCAGCCAGAGGUCGCCCGGGGCAGACGACGGCGGGUACCAGAUGGUCAGCGCGCAGUACAUCCCGGCUCAGCAGUCGUAUAAAGCCCACACCGCCAGCCACGGCAGCAAAGCCAAAGGCCCACUGAUGAGCAAAGGGCGCUCUGUUGAUGCCUCGCCCGAGGCAGGGGCGCCCCCUGGCUUCCGAGAGAAGGGUAAGGCCUCGAGCAAGAAGUGCCGCUUCAGCGAGGAAUCCGAGCCGGCCAAGAGGAGCGGGCGGAGGCCCUCCCCCCGGGGCAAGAAGACCUGCCGCUCCCAGUCGGAGAACAGCCUCCUGAACCGACAUGGUGUGCCCUGCAUCAAGUACAACACGGUCGAGCGGGACGAGGUGACUGGUGCUAGGCCGACACGCUCCAGGCGACAUCCCAAUGGGUGCCACCGGCGCUGGAGGUCAACAGCGGAGAUCUCCCGGGAUGAGGGGUCAGCCCCGCCCCCAAGCUCCGUGGCCUACCCCCAGGCUGAGGGGCGGCGAAGGCUCAAGAGGUAUCCGAAGACCCCGGGGCACCCGGGAAGCGAUUCGGAGUAUCCGUCCAGGCAUCGCGGGCCAGGGGGCGGUGGGGGCGAGGAGGAGGAGGAGGGGGAAGGGGAGGAGGGGAGGGCACCGGGCACCAGGGUCUAUGCUGCCAACUGCUUCGGGGACAGCGAGUCAAGCCUGAGUGAGGCCCAGUCGCCAGGCCUCAGCAGCGGCUCCAGUGACACAGAUGAGGAGGAGGAGGAGGCCACGGGCCUAGUUUGGCCCCAGCAGCUGACACCGCAGGCCAUGGGCCGAGAGUCUGGGCAACCCAAGGCCUUUGUCAAGAUCAAAGCCUCGCACGCCCUGAAGAAGAAGAUCCUUCGCUUUCGGACAGGCUCUCUCAAGGUGAUGACCACCGUGUGAUGCAGGGCAGACAGACCGGUGUUGCAAAUUCCCACCGCCUCCUGGUCGCCUCGGGAACGUUGCGGGAAAAGCGCUUUUUGCAGCCAACUCGCUAAAAUUUGUGGAAGCGUGCUCAUGCAACCGUCAACAUCGGCGGGUGCACAGAGGUCGCCACCGCGCACAGGAAAAUCCCAGGGAUAAGCCAGCCAGCCAACUUCAGUAUUUCAUUGCUUUGCUCCCCUCACACCUGCCCUCCCGCCCAUCCCCGCACCACCUCGCCGCUCCCCACAACCCCAACUCACAACCUGAAAAGUGACAGGAACAUCAUGCUUUCCAAACAGGACCUUUCACACGGGGCAGGUGGAAUAUUGGUCGGGCCUGGGGAGGGAAAGGGGACGGUGAUUGGCAGAUUGUUCGGGUUGGGGUGUGGAAGGGGGAAUGUGGGAAGAAGUACAGCUAUUGACAUGUUGAUGGGGUAGUGUUCGGGGAUGACCCAGGUUAACAUCACAUCCACAAGGUGGCACCUCUGGGCGCAUGUCCCUCCUUUGGCGCAGCAGCAGUGGGCAUUUAUUGGCCUGGUUGAUGGUGCCUAUGGCCUCAGAGUGGGAUUUAAAUCUGCGGUUUUCUGACUCAUGGGCGAGAUGGUUCUAUCUGAGCCACCAGUUGCCUGUAUUAACCGUUUCUGCCCUCAUUGGUGAGAGGACUCGAGCCUCAAAAGGCCCAUCUUUGUAGUGAAUCACUUCAAGAUGGCAGCCAUCAGGGAACAGUCUCAAUUAAAUAGCUAGGUACACUAGAAAGUAUCCCUAUUUAUCCCCAGCUGUAGGAUCAUGGAUUCCACUAACAGACGGAUAUAGCUUGUGGACAAACUGUGAUUUAUUUAACUCUGUCAUUUAAUGCAACAGUUUGGUGGAAGGCUUCUGUGGUUAGGGGUCAGGCAAAGGUUCACUAUUUCCAUCUCUAAAGCUCCCUCACCUCCUUCUAAGCUCAUAAAUACCUAUAAGCAGGGCUAGAUAGGCUAAAGGAUGUUCUGGAUGACCAAGGAUACUACAAGGAGUCACAGUUUAAGGAUACAGACCGGCCAUUUAAUACUGAGAUGAUGAGAGACUGGGGAGCCUAUGGAAUUCUGUGCCACAGAAAGCGGUUUCUGCCCUGGUUUUAUGUAGGAACAAUGUUCCCAGUAUCCUUCUCCCGUCUUUUCCACAUAACCCUUUUCAGGUGGUGAUCCAAUUCCCUCUUGAGGCUCAGUUGAAUCCGCCUCCACCAUAGUCACAGGCAUUACAUUUUCAGAUCUUAAUCACUCGCUACAUUAAAUGAUUUUGCCUUCCACCACUGUUGCUUCUUUUGAUAUUCACCUUCAAUCUGUUCCCUCUCAUUCUCAAUCCUUCCUCCAAUGGGAAUAGUUUCUCUUUCUACACCAUCUAAUCAUGAUUUUGGAUGCCUCAACCAGAUCUCCCCUCCACCUUCUCCAGCUAAAAUAGUCCCAAUGUCUCCAUUCUCUCUAUGAAACAGGGGUUCUUCAUGCCUCGGACCAUCUUUUUAGGGGUCUCCCUAAUGCCUUCACGCCUAAACAACCUGUUUUCAGUAUUCCUGGCUGAUUUACAAACGGGAAAGGGAUAAGAGUAGGCCACUCAGCCCUGCUAGCCUGUCUCCCAUUCAAUAAGAUCGCGGCUGAUGUGAUUUUCACCUCAGUUCUACGUUCUUUGAUGAACUUUCACCCCCAAAGUUUUUAAGAAUCUAUCUGCCUCUGCCUUAAAAUUAUUGGAUGAUUUUUUACAUCUGCUGUGUUUUUGAGGAGGGGAAUUCCAUAGAUUCACAAUGCUCUAAGAGGAAAAUCAAUUUCCUCUUCUUUGCCCAGCUGGGUCCCCCCCCUUUACUUUUAAGAUAUAAUUCCCUCUCACGUUACAUUAUUUUCCUCUCUUUGUAGGUUCUUAACCUGCUGGCCUUUAAAGCCAUUGAUGCUCAGAGACAAAGCCAAUUGCCCCUUGGACCCCAGAAGCCUGGUGAGGGGUGCAAGAGGGCUAAAACUAUCCCAAUGCAGUGGGGCAAGAAGACAAAGUCUGGAAUUGGCCUCCCUCUGGUUACCAUGGAGAGCCUCGGCCAGCCUCAACAACAAUCCAAUCCCUUCAUCCCAGAAGCCCUUGACCAAGGAAAUGGACCUCCCGCCUUAGAGCUCACCCACCCCCCCCCCACAACAUACCCCAGCAUUCCCAAACGUAGGGUGGCACCAUCCAUCCCUCUCAGCUCCAUUCCUUUCCCAUCCAUGCAAUUAGACAAUGGGACCUGUCAAUAUAGAUCAGCUGGUAGCCAACCUAGUCCUGUAAUCAUUAAGUUGCCAUUAACUCACUACUGAGAGAUCUGCCAUGGAAUUCUUGGCAGUUUUCCCGAUUGUUUGUAGUCAAAGUUAGAAUUCUCUUCCUACCCGGUAAGACUCCACAGAGCAACUUACCAAAAAUGGGAAUUGGGGUAAUUAUUCCCACAGAGAAAGGUGACAGGCCAAGAGUUGUGGGGGAGAAAGGGUGUCUUUAUGGAAGGGCCAGCACGAUCAUGGCAGGCCGAAUGGGCUCCUUCUGUCCUGUAACCUUACAAGCAAAGUCACCCAACAUCUUACCAGACCCUAGGACUGCUCUCUCAUUAGAGAGAGGUGACUGGUGUUGGUUUAACUUGAGGGCCACCACACCUCAGAUGAGGGGAGAGGUUGAAAAGGACAGACUUACACGGUGACCUCAGCCAGGGCUGGGAAUCGAACACACGCUAUUGGCAUCAGUCAGCAUCGCAAACCCAGCCCAUCCAAGCUAAAGCUACCCCCUAUGGUCUAAAAAUGAUGUCCUUUUUCUGCUUGUGCAGCUGGUCAGGUCUCAAUGACGAGGGGAAGCGGGUGAAAAGGUUCAGGCCCCGAACAUUAACCCUUUGUAUUCUCUCCAUGUUCUACCCAGUGACCCAAAAGUGGCGAAGGAGCCUGAGGCCUGAGGCCCAGUGGUGUAUAUAGGAGUGUAAAUGUUGUUGUAGCUGUGUGGAGGGAAAAGGUGGGGUGGGUGUGGGAUGGGGGAGCUUUUGUUUUUCUCUCUCUCUUGCCUCCCUGGCCCGCCGUUCAAAAAUUUUUACUGGGAUAUUUUUAACGAAGAAGAAAAUUUGGUGAAUUUUAAGCGUGAUGCAUUCCACUGCGAUCUUGAUGUGACGUGACAUAUUGGGACCUGAUUGGAUGGGGAGAGGAGUUGGGAGGGAAGGUAGGCACCACUUCAGGGAAUUACUACAGCACACAAGGAGGCCAUUCAGCCUAUUCUGGCUCCAUUAGUCAUUGCCAUUCUACCUGACCGUUUUAAAGUUGAGCGUGGGGGUCGGGGGGAGUUGUGGACACCCCUUCUUGGGAUACAGCCAGGCCCGUGAGGGCGACAAAGAGGUGGUACACUGAGUGGAAGGAUGUGCAGCUUGAGCUCAGUUUCUCUCCCUUCCAACCGCCCCGCCCCCCACCCUCAGACCCAUUGAUAUUAGACUGCAGGCCUUCUGUGACUUUGCGGAGUCAAGAUUGAAGGAUAUUCCUCCAUUUGGAAGCGACCGACCUGCCAUGGGGUGUGGGGGAAAGGGUAUAUAGGGAGCUCCUCAAUAGGGGUCUCCAGUAGCUAAUAGGCAUGGUCUUCCCCAUCGAUGUGGCAAUUAGUUCAUGGCUACUGCAUCCCACAAUGUGACAUUGAUUCAUUGGGAGAGGGCGUUGUGAGGGCA